AUGGCUCGUUGGUGAAAAUAGACGAGCGACCGAAAUUUUCGUGGACAGUGUACGCUAAUAAAGACGACUACUCAAGUGUUUGUGUUUGAACCGUUUAUUGUGAAGUGAGCGAUUUAAGAUCUGCGACAAUGGAUCUGGUUACGAUUUCUUUCGCCGCUUUGAUGAUCAUACUUUGUUUGUGUCUUCUACAUUUUCUCAUUGAAAAAAAAUGCAAUGCAGAGUCACUUAAAGAUAUUCCGGGGCCUAGAGCUUAUCCGAUCAUUGGAAACUUCUUAGACGUAUACGGAGAUCAAGCAAAGCUUUUCAGUUCGCUGAGAAAAUGGGCCAAGUUGUACCCGAAGAUAUAUAAACUCGAGUGA